CAGGGAGACCAAUGUGCCGCUCACACAUCUUCCCUAGUUCCGCCCCCACCGGAACUGUUAUUCCGCUCUGGCCGGAUGUGACGCUACGCCUACCGGAAGCUCUGCCGAAACGGAAAGUGGCCGGUCUGCGGAUACGGGUCCUGGUUUGCCCAUCACAAUGCCAGCGCUACUGGAGAGACCCAAACUGUCCAACACGAUGGCCCGGGCGCUGCACAGACACGUCAUGAUGGAGAGGGAGCGCAAGAGGCAGGAGGAGGAGGAGGUGGACAAGAUGAUGGAGCAGAAGUUGAGAGAUGAACAGGAGAGGAGGAGGAAGAAGGAGAUGGAAGAGAGGAUGUCCUUGGAGGAGACCAGGGAACAGAUCAUGAAGCUCCAGGAUAAACUGAAUUCACUACAGGAGGAGAAGCACCAACUGUUCCUGCAACUCAAGAAGGUUCUUCAUGAGGAGGAGAAGAGGAGAAGAAAGGAGCAGAGUGACCUAACAACGCUGGCAUCAGCUGCGUAUACUCAGGGCAUGGUCAUGCACACGGGAGCCCACCUCAUUAAUAUGCAAGGCAGCCCAGGAGGACAUUCCCGAAACACCAGUCUCAUGUCUGAUCGAGCCAAGCAGAUGUUUGGACCCCCAGUCAUUGCUGGGCGCCACUACUCUUCCCAGACAUCCUUCAGCCCAACAGCAGCAGAACACGGCCAGUACCAGAGCAGCCCAUCCAGCCACGGCCCUUAUACUGUAAGCCAAUCACAGCACAGCUUUGCAGCAGGACAGGCUGGCCCAGUUAACUAUGCAGGGAGUCAGCCAAUAAGAGGUCCCUCUGCCUUCCAGACAAUGCAGUACCUGUCCCACCAGCAGCCGGGGUACAGCAUGCACAGUCACUAUACUGGCGCCCACGCAGGUUUCAUGCCCACCAGCACCGGGAUCCCACUGCAGAAGCAACUGGAACAUGCCAACCAGCAAUCUGGAUUCACUGACUCGUCUGCCCUGUCCUACAGUCACCCUUCCCGCUCUGCCUCGCCCGGCGGAUACCCUCAUGGGACCCCCCCUCAACAGCCCCACACGUCUGGAUUUCAGGCCUCCCCCCAGCAGAACCCCCGCCUCCCUUUCAUGCAACAUGGACAGAACCAGCGCUUUUACCACAAAUAAUGGCUCCUGAGCUUCUACUGACUCCACCUAGAGAACGAGCGGCGCUUCUUGCCUACGUCUGUGUGACAUUGUACCCCCAGCCCCACGGCCCCGUCUCCAUGCAGUUCUUACACUGAAUAAAUCGCUUCUCUCUG